CUUUCUGAUAUUAAUUAAGAUUUGAAUUAAGAAUGUACGGGUGGUUGCUCGAAAGUGUGCAACAUUUUAUUAUACAAGAAUGCGGCGAAGAAAUAUGGGAGACCAUAUUACGAGAGGCAGGCGCGAGAAACACUGUGUUCAGUGCUACUCAGCAAUAUCCUGAUGCAUUGAUGUUACGCCUCGCCUGCGCCUUAGCUAGUCUAUUUUCUGAAGACGCCAACAGUCCAACGACAUCAACGCCUUGUAGUCCAACGCCAAAAAAACCAUCAUUCAAAGCUAAACCUACUUGGCGAAGUGCUUCUGUCCAUACAGAUAACAGAAAUCAAACAUUUAGAUGUCCUUUCACAGCUACCAAUGCUUUAACAGCCGUAACAAAGAAAGAGAUAGAUGCUUACAAUUCAUCGGAAGAAAUAUCACACGGUGUAUCCAAAUCUUCUGAUAGAAUCAAUGAAGGGAAAGAACUAGAAAUAUGCAGUAUUAAAGAAAUAAAACACAAUAGAAGGAGUUUAGCGAUAAAGUUCGAAGAUCAUAGAGAGAAAAAGGAAUUGAAAAAUGAAAGUCCUGAAUCAAACGAGCUUACAAUAAGUCCAGGUGAUACAGAAAAUAAGCCAACUGAACCUGAUAAUGUAAAGAAGAGUUCUAUAAAAAGAUCAAGCUGUACUGGUACAUUGGAGGCUUAUAGACGAAGGGGUUCUGGGGCUCCUCGACUGAAUAGUCUUGUGAGUGGAGACAAAUUAAGUUCUAUGAAGGAAAAAUUCGCUACUCCUGAAAAAGUCAUGCACUUUUUCGGCAGAUGCUUUGUAAAAUUCUUCAGUAACUAUGGCUAUGACACUAUGAUCCGUGCGACGGGACGGUACUUCUGCACGUUUCUGCAGUCUGUGGACAGUAUUCACCAGCGCAUGAGGUUCACCUUCCCACGCAUGCGGUCACCAAACAUGCAGCUCACACGGGCUCAUAGGCAUGGAGCCGAGCUCGUCUACAGCAGCGGGAGGACUGGCUUCACUCAUUAUCUAAUGGGUCAACUGUAUGAGAUAGCAGAAGAUAUAUUCGCCUUAAAGCUGAAGGUAUCGAUAUUGAAGGAGAGCAUGGAUGGUAACUACUACGUCGCCGUGCUGCGGUUGGAAUUUGACAACAGUGAUUAUGUACAGUCGCUAAUGUUCCGCAAAUCCUUGCCGUGUCCGCUGCCUCCAGUUCCAGCCUCAUUACUACUGCAAUUAUUUCCAUUCGGAGUUCUUCUAGAUAGAAGAAUGAAAAUACUUAUGGCUGGAGAAAAGCUAGUCGAAGCGUGGGGAGGUCCGUGUAAUCGUAUUGAGAAGUCUCCCAUUUCUGAGGUACUUCGUUUGAGAAAACCUAAAGUCUCAUUCACAUGGGAUAAGGUAGUAUGCAUGCAAACGAUGCUAUUCGAGUUGGAACUCAUGAGGUGGCGCGCCCGAGGAGCGGGAGAGUCCAGACGCGGAAGCCAGGGCGCGCGUUCCAUCCUGCUCAAAGGACCAAUUUAUUUGCUGGAAGAAAUAGACGCACUAGUCUUCUUAUGUAGCCCUAUCUUCAAUGAUCUGGACGAGCUACGUCAGGCGGGUUUGUUCGUAGCUGAUUUAAACGGCCACGGUCUCUCCCAAUGGAUGCUUCUAGAAGGUUGGCAACACUUGUCCAGACUGGAACUGCUUUUCGAAAAGGCAGAGGACAGAUCAAUGUCGUUAGAGAAGUCAUGUCGGCUCCUGGACCAGUGGAAGAAGAGGGGAGACCAACUGCUGUAUUCGAUGAUGCCGAAAGCAAUUGCAGAUCAUUUAAGAGCAGGGAAGGAUCCCAUGGCUGCUUGUCAGGCGUUCGAAUGGGUGACGGUAAUAUUUUGCGGCGUACAACUGGCGGCGGCCGGCACCCGGGCGGACGUGAUGCAGACAGUGGCCUACAUGAACGACAUCUACUCCAGGAUCGACAGGCUCCUCGACACGCACCGUGUUUACAAGGUGGAGACUGUAGGCACGGUGUACAUGCUGGUCUCGGGAGCGCCCGAGCGUCGCCGCACUCAUGCAGCAUCCGCCGCCAGCGCCGCGCUCGCCAUCGCCCGAGCACUACCCAUGCUCACCCUAGGCAUACAUUCGGGGCCGUGCGUGGCAGGCGUACUUGGACUACGUCUGCCCCGGUAUUGUCUCGUCGGAGACUCCGUCAAUACUGCCAGCAGAAUGCAGACGACAUCCGAGCCAGGCAAAAUCCAGGUGUCUGCGCAAACAGCGGCUGAACUCCCGGCCGGCAGGUUCAGGCUUAGACGACGAGGGCUCAUUAAAGUUAAGGGUAAGGGGAUGAUGGAGACGUUCUGGUUGGAGGGUGAAAUAGAAGAGGAGGAACCGGACGAGGCUCUGCAAUUGUUCUCAGCGCUAUGUGGAGACAAUUAG